UUGCUACAUUGUCAAAUUGGCAACUUUUGCAUCUGAAAUGACCAGUCAAACGAAUCCAUUGAACCAAGAGUUGGAUGCCGAUUUUCAUAAAGGAAAAUCCACUUUCACCUUUCCCAACGGCGACAAAUAUCAGGGUGGUUAUUGUGCCCAUCGUAGCGGAGUUGUUUGGAGAGAAGGAUAUGGUAUUUACACAACCAAGGACGGCCAAGUUUACCAAGGAUUCUGGGUGGACGAUAAACUCGAUGAAGAGGAACAAGUUGAAAUUAGGUUUCCUUCAGGGGCAGCAUUCUACGGGAAGCUGCUCGACAGCAAAUACAACGGGCCUGCUUUGUACGUCAUCGAACAGAACAUGAAUUUGUUAUGCGAACUCAACCAGAACAAACCUGUAGGGGACCUGCUGUUGAUCGACAUAAAUGGUGGAGAAUGGUUCGGCACUGCAGGCGAAACAAGCGCCGUCCUUCUUCCAGAACACGCGUUCUAUGAAGCGAUACCCAUCGACAUCGGCAAGGGAAAAAUAAAGAAAGUGAGUCCUUCAAAGGAAAAGCUAAAAAAAGUCAGCAAGCAGGAGAAACCUCCCACAAGACCCCAGGAAGAGCUAGUCACUGACAAAAUUAAGAAGUUGGAACUGAAGAUAUUCGCCAAGACAAAGAAAACCGUGUCUGACCUGAAAUUCGAGGAAUCUGAGUGGUAUCAGAAGUACCUGGAUUUCAAAAAAAAAUUCGAGGAGAUCAUGGGGAAAGUUGAAACUGAUGGGGAAUAUUCGCUCGACCCCAGCGAAAAGGAAUGGUAUGAGAAAUAUUUGGAUUUCAGAAUGAAAUAUUUAGAAAUUGUAGAGCACCGGAAAAACAAAUUGAAGAACUUGUCUGAUUAUAAACUGUUCGAGUUGUAUAACAGUGACGAGUUCAGAAAUAGUUGCCCUCCGAUUCCAGUGUUCUACCCGACUGAAGAGGUAACUGAAGAGGAUAAUCCGAAACCAGAGUUAUCCAAACCGGUACAUUCUAAAAUGUUCAAAAGUCAUUCCUAAUAUGUAAUCGGGAAAAAAUUGCCAAAUGAUACCGUUUCUAAAUUCAAAUGAGUCUGUUAUGAAUUGAUGGACAUGUUUUUUUAUAAUGAAUGCAACAGAAAAAAUUGGACUUAUUUGAAAAAAUAAUUGAUAUAUUCACCAAAAUAUAUUCAAAUAAGAAUAUUGAGAAUUUGAAUUCGACGACAUUAAUGUAGAUGAAUAAAUGAAUAUUUUUCUCACAUAA